AUGUGGCGUGUUGCUCUGAACACGGAGCAGCAGCAGACGCAGCCGCACGCACUUAAGGCAGAGGUACUGACGACUGUGGAAGAACUACCACAGAAGGCAGAGGUACUGACGACUGUGAAGGAACUACCACAGAAGGCCGAGGUACUGACGACUGUGGAAGAACUACCACAGAAGGCCGAGGUACUGACGACUGUGAAGGAACUACCACAGAAGGCAGAGGUACUGACGACUGUGAAAGAACUACCACAGAAGGCAGAGGUACUGACGACUGUGGAAGAACUACCACAGAAGGCAGAGGUACUGACGACUGUGAAAGAACUACCACAGAAGGCAGAGGUACUGACGACUGUGAAAGAACUACCACAGAAGGCAGAGGUACUGACAACUGUGAAAGAACUACCACAGAAGGCAGAGGUACUGACGACUGUGAAAGAACUACCACAGAAGGCAGAGGUACUGACGACUGUGAAAGAACUAACACAGAAGGCAGAGGUACUGACGACUGUGAAGGAACUACCACAGAAGGCAGAGGUACUGACGACUGUGGAAGAACUACCACAGAAGGCAGAGAAGGCAGAGGUACUGACGACUGUGAAAGAACUACCACAGAAGGCAGAGGUACUGACGACUGUGGAAGAACUACCACAGAAGGCAGAGGUACUGACGACUGUGAAAGAACUACCACAGAAGGCAGAGGUACUGACGGCUGUGAAAGAACUACCACAGAAGGCAGAGGUACUGACGACUGUGAAAGAACUUACACAGAAGGCAGAGGUACUGACGACUGUGAAGGAACUACCACAGAAGGCAGAGGUACUGACGACUGUGAAAGAACUAACACAGAAGGCAGAGGUACGGACGACUGUGGAAGAACUACCACAGAAGGCAGAGGUACUGACGACUGUGAAAGAACUACCACAGAAGGCAGAGGUACUGACGACUGUGGAAGAACUACCACAGAAGGCAGAGGUACUGACGACUGUGAAAGAACUACCACAGAAGGCAGAGGUACUGACGACUGUGGAAGAACUACCACAGAAGGCAGAGGUACUGACGACUGUGAAAGAACUACCACAGAAGGCAGAGGUACUGACGACUGUGAAAGAACUACCACAGAAGGCAGAGGUACUGACGACUGUGAAGGAACUACCACAGAAGGCAGAGGUACUGACGACUGUGAAAGAACUACCACAGAAGGCAGAGGUACUGACGACUGUGAAGGAACUACCACAGAAGGCAGAGGUACUGACGACUGUGGAAGAACUACCACAGAAGGCAGAGGUACUGACGACUGUGGAAGAACUACCACAGAAGGCAGAGGUACUGACGACUGUGGAAGAACUACCACAGAAGGCAGAGAUACUGACGACUGUGGAAGAACUACCACAGAAGGCAGAGAUACUGACGACUGUGAAGGAACUACCACAGAAGGCAGAGGUACUGACGACUGUGGAAGAACUACCACAGAAGGCAGAGGUACUGACGACUGUGGAAGAACUACCACAGAAGGCAGAGGUACUGACGACUGUGGAAGAACUACCACAGAAGGCAGAGGUACUGACGACUGUGGAAGAACUACCACAGAAGGCAGAGAUACUGACGACUGUGGAAGAACUACCACAGAAGGCAGAGGUACUGACGACUGUGAAAGAACUAGCGCCGCACACGCCUGAGCAGCUCCUGUUUGUCACUUUUGCUGCUGCCGCUGCUCCUCUGUGCCGUCUCCAUAGCAACAGAGGUGAGGCCUUGGCGGACCCGGUCAGUGUGGGCACGCCGAGCCAAGCGCAGAGCCGACGAAGAACGCCGAGUGCGCAUUCUGAUGCUUCCGCCGCCGCUAACGACAUCACACGUUUGCUGUUGUGGGAAAUCAAUGAUGUCGGCGUGAGCGGAGCAGCAGCCUGUGGCCGGUUCUGCUCCACACUGUCUCCCAAACUCUCUCAUAGACCCUCGGACUUCCAGAGGACCUGA